UAUCACUAAACAAAUACCUGAUAUAUGUGUUUUUUGUUGUUCUUGAUAAAAGUCCCUCUAAAUCCCUAACUUUUUAUUGGUUGUUUACCAUGUUUGUCAAUGUUGUCCUCGUUCUCCUUGUUUCCUUGAUAAAAUCAUACAAAAUUACAAACAAACAAUGUUAGAGGUCAGAGGAGGAAGAGUUACCUGUACCAAAAAUUAAAUCAAUGGAAUUACCUGAUUAAUUUUUACCAAGAGUUUCUUAAUCAAUGUGUCUUAUAUGCAUAGCUAAAAGAAGAGCAAGAAAAUUAUGUAAGAGGAGGAAUGUUAUGGAUUAGAGAGGGGAAGAAGAUAUUGUUUCUAUCGUGUUUUGUUGGUUUUUUUGGUUCUAAAGAUUAAUUUAUAAAAUGUACAGUUAACUGAGUAAGAUCUGCAGAGGAAGAAUUGAGGAUUUACAGUUAAUUGAAGGUUGGAAAGAGAAAGAUGAUGGAGAAGAGUGUUAUGUUGGAACAUUUUACGUCAAUUAACUAGGGGGGGACACCAAAAUAUUGGAACCCUUAUUUUACCCCAGAUAAUAGAGAUACCCUAAACGGCAAUCAACACCCUUCCUCGCUCUUACGGAAUAUUGGCGCUCGAAUUGAUCUUCAAACCUUGUUCCAGGUUCAAUUUCAUAAACAACUUCUUGUUGCGAAUGCCCAGUCUUUAGUAAGAAGUUAUUGGUGUUUGAGAAUUACAUUGCACAACAACCAGACCCUACUAGAAACAGAGGGAGUGAAGCUGUCAGAGAUGGAAGCAAAUGAUUUGGUGUCACCUUCUCUCUCUUCUUCCUCCAUCUCCAUCCCCAUGUACGCUUAUUCAUGUUUUCAACCUCAAGCACCAAAAUUCUCAGAACAUUCUCCAAUGCUCAGACUUUGGAGGCCCCAGGCUCAAAGAAAUCUACGAAAUCAAUGGUCCAAAUUAUCUUCCCUCAGACAUCAAUGGUAUCCUUCUUCUACUUCUGGUCGGACCCAUGCUACGUCUCUCGUUAAUUCUUACCUUUCUUACAGAUAUAUGGAUGCUAUGGAUUUGGGUGUUCUAAGUGAUAUGCCCAAUAUACGAAAAAAGGCUUGUUCCAAAUUGCUUAAGCAGCUGGAGUUUGAACGCAACCAACUUUUAUCUUCCUACAAGGCUAUGGUUACUGCUGUUGUUGGUAUGGAAAAUUCAAGCAAAUCAAUGAGAUGCUUCUUGAAAGCAACUGGUGGCAGCCCCUUUAUACAGUUUUCAAAAAGUUCAGAGAAUGGUGAUGAUACUGGAGAUGGUGGAGGGGCUCCAGUUUUCACAUAUUUCUCCAUCUCUGCAUUUGAGAGUUUUGCUGCAGAGCUUGUCCAAAUGUUCAAACAAGAACUUCUUUUAAAGCGUUUGCUUGUAGUUGAGCUGCUUGCCAACAUCUGUUUAGAAACAGAACAAGAAUUCAAUCAGUUUUCUUGGGCUGAUGAACUUUAUCAUGGAGAAGCUGAGGACUUGAGCAUGUGCAACUUGUACUCGAAAGAUACCGAUGAGCCAUUUCUUCCCAAAGUAAGUGGUUGGAAAUCGGAAACUUCUUAUAUGAGGUCUGAGAAAAAUCCAGACCACAGCGUUUUACAGGUGUAUCUCACAACGUGGCUUGCAGAGGUCAAUAUAGAUUCAUCGAGGGUGGAAGAGAUAUUUGUCACUGUAGGAGGGGAACUACGAACGACCCUUUCCUAAUCUUUCUUGAUACUGUCAUAUGUAGGUACUAUGUUCAAAGUGUAAUUCAUAGGGUCAUAUCUUAGUGGUUUGUUUGAUUGAGAUUUCUAGAAAGUUGGAGGCUUCGGACAAGUAUGGGGGCUAGUAUUCUUCUGUGUGUAAUCUUUAUUUUUCCCUUACCAUAUUCUAAUACUACCUUUUGAGUGUCAACUAAUUCAUCGAAGUAUUCGAAUUUAUUUGUUAUAGUAAUACUAGCCAUUAAUCUCGUGUAAGUACGCGAGAACUUUUUAUUCAAUCAGGUUAUAUUUAGUUCA